AAAAUUAAAAUUACUAACUUCUGCAGGAGCAGCUUUGGGUCUUAGGUUUUCUUGUGGUUGGUGAAAUCGCCACAGAGCCCUGCCUAGUGAUGUAAAUAAACAUCAACAGUCUGUGCAACUUGCAAAUUUGUUGCCAACUUCCUUGAGAAAAGGGAGCUCAGUACUUACAUCCUCCUGAAACUUUCAUCUUUUAGCUCAUCAAGGCCAAAAGGGCAUAUUGCAAAUUUUUAAAGUGUUUCCAGGGUAAAAAAAAAAAAAAAAAAAAAAAAAAAAAAAGAAUUCCACAAAGAAAAAUAAAUAAAUAAAACGAUUCCCAAAUAACCAGAUAAAUAUUUAGCUGUGGAUUUACAGCACAAGAGUGUCUCGACUCUUCUGUAUGCACUCGGUCAGAGUUCUCCAUGUCACAGAUACUCCACAGCCACCAGCCCUUAAUCCCCCGUGUAUCCCACGGACCUCCCCACUCGUGGCCAAGCAGUUCAUUCUCCCCUCUGUCUACAUUCUCCCUCGGUGGUUUCGUCCACUCUUGGACGUCCACUGUGUCAGCUCUUGUCAUUGAAUACCAGACUUGAAUAUCUAGUCGCUGGAAAUCCCCACUUGAUGUCCCCACUUGAUACUUCAACCUUGAACCUUGACAUGUCCGAGAGUGAACUCCUGAUCUCCCCGCCGCCAAACCCUGCCCCAUCUUCACACUGCCGUCUCCAUCUCAGCUGAUGGCAACGUCAUAUGUCUGGGUGCUCUGGACAAAAAUCUUGGCAUCAUCCGAGCCUUCCUCUCUCCCCACCUGUAUCCGACUGAAAAUCAUGGCGGCACUACCUUCAAUAUAAAAUCCGGAAACUGAUUCCAUCUCACCAUUCCCCCUGCUUACCACCCCCGUGCUACAAUUUUAUUCAGUAUGUUUACUGUUGUGGGCUCUCUCCUCCCACGAGGCUGGAAGCCUCUGAGGGGUCUUUGCUAGUUUGACUCACUGCUCUGUCCCAAAUACCUAGAACAGUGCCGGGUACAUAGUAGGUGCUCAAUAAACACCGGCUCAGUAGGCAAAUGCAUGGAGGAACUGGUAAAUUACACCUCGGUGUGAAUGGCACAGCGUGUGAGUUACACACAGCAUCCAAACUCGAAAGUCAUCGUGUCCUCGGUUGAGGAAAGUCGUGCUCAGGGACAUCAAGCGAUUGCUCAAGGUCACCCAGCCAAGAAUGGUUCACAAGCUGCGAACCGCUGUGUGAGUGGGGAUCAUACGGGUCUCCUGAGUCAGCUGUGGCCAGCUGGACUGGCAGGUGCCCAUAAAUCCACGAGUACAGGAUGCGAUCCCUUCUUUCCGUGGGGUUCCAGAGGGCGGCGGGACUCAGUCUGCUUGCUUCCCACCGUAUCCCUCCCCCGCUGAAACUCCGUGUGGGCAUUUGGGAGGCAGGCCUGCUGUGUGGCUGGGACUGUGGCCUUUCGGGUCAGCACAGACUGAGGGCUCCCAGGACAGGCUGUUCGCUUCCGAGCCUGGCUUCCUCAUCUACCGACUGGGAGCCAAACAUGUAGCAGAAUCAAGGAGACAGAGGCCCGGCCUCUGGAAUCAGACUGUGCCGGGCUGAAUCCCCUCUCUACUCCAGCCCCCUGUGCGACUGUGGAUGAGUGAUCAGUCCCUCCGCGCCCCGUUUUCUGAGCAAAUGUAGAUGACGAGGCUCUUACUCCCACAGGGCUGCUGGGAACAUUAAAUGAAAAAGUACGUCAAUGUCCAACUCUCCGAAUGGUGUCUGGCUUAGAAAUCAUCUCAUCAAUGUCAGCUGCUUUAUUACUGUUGUUUUGCUGCUGGUAAUUUGCAAGCCCGGCUUCUCGUGCUGGAAACCUCCCACCGUUGUCCCUACCCCGUCCACCCCACUGGUCUGGGACCCAAUGGACGGACAUCCCCGCUCUCUGCACCUCUUGCUAGCACUUCCUGAUUCUUUCUUAGGUCCUCGCCCACUGUCUCCAUGUCUGCAUCGCCUCUGGACGGUGAGCACCUUCAGGCUGGGGGCUGGGUCCUUUCCCUGGCAAGGUGCUGGCACAGAGCGGGUGCUCUUUGAUGUCCGCCCAAGAGCGAACGAUAAUAAUCUGGUUGUUAAUAAGGCCGAGUGCUUCCUCUAGACCAGGUGACCGUGCCAAGCUCGCCAUAGACCCUGUCCCUGGUCCUCACCACGGUUACACGAGAGGGAUACGACUAGCUUUGCCUUUCGAAAAGGGAACUAAAAGUUAGCCGGUCUCAGUGGCUCACUCCAAGUGGCUGCGCUCGGAAUUGGACUCGGCGUUCAAAGCCCUAGUCUUUUCCUGCGUCCCAAGGGGCCGCAAACUUCUCCCCAAAGGGAACAGACGGCAGCUAUCUCCCGUUCUGCAAGCCGCAGCCUCGGCCGAUAGGUCGCCGCGGAUGGCGUCCCGGACCCUCCUGGAGCUCCUGUCCCUGAACCGGAGCCAGCCCCCGCCCACAAACGCCACGUCCUGUGACGACGCUCGGGAGGCCUGGGACCUGCUGCACGGACUGCUGCCGAAAUUCAUCCUCGCCAUCUGCGCCUGCGGCCUGCUGGGAAACCUGCUUGUGUUGUCCGUCUUCCUCCUGCCCCGGCGGCGCCUGAACGUGGCGCAAAUCUACCUGGCCAACCUGGCCGCCUCCGACCUGGUGUUCGUCCUGGGCCUGCCCUUCUGGGCGGAGAACAUCUCGAACCGGUUCCGCUGGCCUUUCGGAGCCCUCCUCUGCCGCGUCGUCAACGGGGUCAUCAAGGCCAACUUAUUCACCAGCAUCUUCCUGGUGGUGGCCAUCAGCCAGGACCGUUAUCGGGUACUGGUGCACCCCAUGGCCAGCCGGAGGCGGGGGCGCAGGCGGCGGGCGCGGGCCACCUGCGCGCUCAUCUGGAUGGCGGGGGGCCUCCUGAGCGUCCCCACGUUCCUGUUCCGCUCCCUCGCCGCCGUCCCAGAACUGAGCGACACCUGUGCCUGCGUGCUACUGCACCCGCCCGGGGCCUGGCACGUCGCGCGGAUGGUGGAGUUGAACGUGCUGGGCUUCCUCCUGCCGCUGCUGGCCAUCGUCUUCUACAACGGCCAGAUCCUGGCCUCCCUGCGAGGGCGCGCGGAGGUGGGCGGCACGCGGAGCGGGGGCUCCACGGAUGGCAAGACCACGGGGCUCCUCCUCACGCUCGUGGCUGCCUUCCUGGUGUGCUGGACCCCCUACCACUUCUUUGCCUUCCUGGACUUCCUGUUCCAGGUGCAGGCCGUCCGCGGCUGCUUCUGGGAGAAGUUCAUAGACCUGGGCCUGCAGUACGCCAACUUCUUCGCCUUCACCAACAGCUGCCUGAACCCGGUGAUUUACGUCUUCGUGGGCCGGCUCUUCAAGACCAAGGUGCGGGAGCUUUGUAAACAGUGCGUCCCUAGGAGCCUUUGUCCCGUGUGCCCGGCCCAGCGGAAAGACAUCCUCCAACUUUUCUGGCAGAAGUAAACCGGCGGGGAGUCACGAAGCUUGGCUUCCGGAUCCGCGAUUUCGGACAUGGGGAAGUCCUGUUGUGGUCGGCUGGGACAGCGAGCCCCCCGAAUGGCCAGGACCCAGUCCCUGGGGACCGUGGGUGUGAUUAGGGUGGGAGGACUGUGCACGGGUGAUGGAACCAUGGAUCUCGAGAGGGGGAGAUUAUAGGGGACGGUCUGGGUGGGCCCGACGGAGCCACAAAGGUCCUUGUAAAAGGGCAGCGGCAGUGUCAGGGUCAGAGAAAGCCACGUGACAGCAGGAUCAGAGGCUGGAGUGUCGUGAGGAGCCCCGAGCCGUUGCUGGCACCCGCUGAAGGCCGGAGAAGGGAGAGGAGACGCGUUCUCCCCUCAAGCUUCCAGAAGGCGCCAGCCCUGUAGACACCCGACUUUAGCCCGAGGAGACGGACUUCGGAUGUCUGGCUUCCGGAUCCAUAAGGCAAUAAAGUCGUGUUGUUUUAAGUCAUCCAGUUGGUGGUAAUUUGCUACAGCAGCCAUAGGAAACUCAUACAAGUUUCCGGUGCGGGUCUCUUGUUACAUUUCCACUUGCCCGCCCCAAAUUUUCUCCGCUGACGGCUAGGCAUGCAGAGAUGAUACGGCUAGGGGUCCUAACCCCAAGGAACUUGCAGAAAUAAUUAGAGUAUAAAAAAAGAAAACAAGAGGGCGCCUGGGUGGCUCAGGCGGUUAAGUGU